ACACAGGAAGUGAUGCUUGAUGCGUUUAGAAGACUUGACCCUGACGCGCUCGUGUCUGUUCCGCUCUCCCCUUGGUGUGUGUGUGCGCGCCCGCCAUGUGUGUGUGUGUGUGUGUGUGUGUGUGUGUGUGUGUGUGUGUGUGUGUGUGUGUGUGUGUGUGUGUGCGUGUGCGCCAUGUGUGUGUGUGUGUGUGUUCCUCCAGCUCCUCUGAGUCUGUGCGUCGUCCUCUCAGCUGCUCCAGUCUGCUGCUGCUGCACAUCCACCCCGGAGCCAGCACGCCGAGGAGGCGGGCCGACUGUAGCUACACCUCGGCCAGCGGUGCUGGGUCAUAGCGCUGGUGGAGGGUGGGGUGGGAGGGGGGGGGCAGCACUCUGCUCUUCUUGCCCUUCCUAAAGCGAACACAGCCUGAAGCAGUGAGGACACCAUCACCUCUCAGCGCGGACUGGAGGAGGUUUGGGUUUGGGAUCAGACGCACAGAGUUGCAGCUGCAGAGGCUCCUCUCUCUCUCUGCGCUCACAGUCCGAGAUGGAAGAUGGUCCGUCUUCAACAAGCUGUUUCAGAAGGUUAACGGACUGUUUCCUGGGUGCAAGCUUGACGGAUGAGAAAGUGAAGGCCUACCUCUCGCUGCACCCUCAGAUGCUGGAUGACUUUGUGUUGGAGAGCGUGAGUGCAGAGACGUUGGACAGAUGGCUGAAGAGGAAGACCAGCAGCAGGCCUGCAGAUGACACGUCAGCUAAAGAAGUCAGCAGGUACCAGGACACAAACAUGCAGGGCGUGGUGUACGAACUCAACAGCUACAUGGAGCAGCGGCUGGGCGCUGGAGGAGACAGCAAACUCCUGCUCUAUGAGCUGUGCAACAUCAUCAAAACAGCAACAAAAGCUGAUGGAUUUGCACUUUACUUCUUGGGAGAAUGCAACAAUAGUUUAUGUUUGUUCACUCCAACGGGGGCCAAAGACGGCCCUCCAAGCCUCAUCCCCUUCGGGCCCAUCACAUUUGGGACAACCAUCGCCGCUCAUGUUGCCAAGACUCGCAAAACACUCCUAGUAGAAGACGUCAUGGGGGACGAGCGCUUCCCCGACGGCACAGGGCAGGACUCAGGGAUCCAUGUUCACUCUGUCCUGUGCCUCCCCAUCCUCACUGCCAUCGGGGAUCUCAUUGCCAUCCUGGAGCUGCAUCGGCACUGGGGCAAGGAGCCCUUCAACCUCAGCCACCAGGAGGUUGCUACAGCUAAUCUAGCGUGGGCAUCCGUUGCCAUUCAUCAAGUACAGGUGUGCAGAGGUCUCGCCAAACAGACUGAGCUCAACGACUUCCUUCUAGACGUGUCAAAAACAUACUUUGAUAACAUUGUGGCAAUAGAUUCUCUACUUGAACAUAUAAUGAUAUAUGCAAAAAACCUGGUGAAUGCGGACAGGUGCGCACUCUUCCAGGUAGAUCACAACAACAAAGAACUGUACUCGGACCUGUUCGAUAUCGGGGAGGAGAAAGAAGGAAAACCGGUCUUUAGGAAAACCAAAGAAAUUAGGUUUUCUAUAGACAAGGGAAUAGCUGGUCAAGUUGCUCGGACAGGGGAAGUCUUAAAUAUCCCAGAUGCCUAUGCAGACCCACGGUUCAACCGAGAGGUGGACCUUAAAACCGGCUACACCACGCGGAACAUCCUGUGCAUGCCCAUCGUGAGCAGGGGGGCUGUUAUAGGCGUGGUGCAGAUGGUGAACAAGCUAAGCGGAAGUGCCUUCACUAAAACAGAUGAGAACAACUUUAAGAUGUUUGCUGUCUUUUGUGCUCUGGCCUUACACUGUGCAAAUAUGUACCACAGGAUCCGGCACUCUGAAUGCAUUUACAGAGUGACCAUGGAGAAGCUGUCCUAUCACAGCAUCUGCACAUCAGAGGAAUGGAAGACCCUCACCCAGCUCAACCUCCCUGCACCCAUUUAUAAAGAGAUCGAGAUGUUCCACUUUGACAUCAGCCCCUUUGAGGAGAUCUGGCCUGCUGUCUUCAUCUACAUGGUCCAUAACUCCUGUGGAAAGACGAGCUUUGAGCUGGAGAAGCUGUGUCGGUUCACCAUGUCUGUACGGAAGAACUACCGGCGUGUUCCCUACCACAACUGGAAACAUGCGGUGACGGUGGCUCACUGUAUGUACGCCAUCCUGCAGAAGACCACCGGGAUGUUCACCGAGCUCGAGAAGAAAGGUCUGCUGAUAGCCUGCCUGUGCCACGACCUGGACCAUCGGGGGUACAGCAACACCUACCUGCAGAAGUUUGACCAUCCUCUGGCUGCUCUGUACUCCACCUCCACCAUGGAGCAACACCACUUCUCUCAGACCGUCUCCAUCCUGCAGCUGGAAGGGCACAAUAUUUUCUCCAACCUGAAUUCCAGCGAGUACGAGCAGGUGUUGGAGAUCAUCAGGAAGGCCAUCAUCGCCACCGACCUCGCCCUGUACUUCAACAACCACCAGCAGCUGACGGAGCUGCUGACGGAGCAAUUGCUCGACUUAAACAACCACUCGCACAGGGACCGUGUGAUUGGUCUGAUGAUGACAGCAUGUGACCUGUGCUCUGUUACCAAGAAAUGGCAAAUCACACGACUCACAGCCAACGAUAUCUACGCUGAGUUCUGGGCUGAGGGAGACGAGAUGAAGAAGAUUGGGAUGCAGCCGAUCCCCAUGAUGGACAGAGAUAAGAAGGAUGAGGUUCCCCAAGGCCAAGUGGGAUUCUACAAUGCUGUUGCAGUUCCAUGCUACACGACACUAUCAGAGCUCUUCCCUCCCUCCGGUCCUCUCCUGAGAGCCUGCAAGGAGAACCUGGGCCAGUGGGAGAUGAUCUCACGGGGAGAGGCGGAGGACAUCGUGGCUAAGCGGUCUGCCGAGUCCUCCGGCCCGGUCAAGGUGGACAACUGACAAACCAAAGGGGGUUUCUGGCUCACCAAAGGAACACAACCUGAAUCCUGCCCCAGACCUGAACUCUGUCUGUACUGAAGAACCCACAAUCCUGUGUCAGCGGGAGGCGGAUCAGCUAAAGGAGAACUUUGAAAACACACACAGUUACCUCAUGGGGUGACGGAGGUGUCAACACUGACGGUUUCACCGCUCCCAGAGACUGACAGUCAGCUGAUGGCGAGGGACUCUGACCCAUCGAUGGCGUCUGUCCGGUGGAUGGACUCGUGUUUUUAGUUUUGCUGUUUCAUGUUUUAUGGUUUUUUAUUUGAUUCUUUUAGGGUCUUGUAUUUGCAGAGGCCUUACUCUGAACCUGUCCCAGGAGAGAACAUGUGAAACCUUGGCGAUGGUUCAGGCUUUUAUUUUGAAAUGGUACUGUUUGCCUUCUGUGGUAGGUUUAUCGUACGCGCACUACUUCAGCAAGGUAUUCCCAGAGACAGGAGGAAUGUGUAGAGCAGAUGUAAGGUGUGGUGCCACCUUACUGAGAAGGUGAAUGUUUUUUAUUACUUUCUGAGCAAAAAUCCUUUGCAGUACUUGAAUAAAGACAAACAGCCUACUGGAGGUGGAGACGGCAGAAACCCCCCCACAGUGAGAGGAGUUAGAUAACGUCCACGCUUUGAUCACAGUCACACAGAGAGUCACGAUAUUCCUCCCUGAAGUGGACCCCACAGCACCGCCCCCCCCUGCACCACAACCCGCCCCUGGCAGUUAGGAGCCUGCUGCAUGGUACAUCAGCUCCCUCUGAUUCACAGGAUCUGAUCCCAGGCCAGCAGUCAUGAUUCACACAGGACGAAUAAAGAUGCACAAACAGCAUCCGUCUCACUUACAGUACGCCCCGCCUGCACACCAGUGAAGUUCCACUUUUCACGUCACAAUCUCAUCAUGAAUUAUUUUACACUACAAUCUGGUUCCUCCUCAUUAAUCAGUAAUCAUUCCUGCAUGCAUGAAUAAAACAGGAGUUAAAUGAGGAUACUGCACAAGUUUGCAGAGUGUCUCAGCUCAGAUCUGUUUGUUUGCAGUGGCACAAUAAACUUUCAACAUGCUGUCUGCCUUACCUUACGUCCACACAGAGCCCUGAGGUACGCCACACGGCGAAGCUGUGCUGAUGAAGAGAGGGAUAAGUUGUUGUUGGUGAAGUUUCCUCACGGCUUUUGACACCACACUGUAGUUUAACAGAUGUUUGACACUGAGCACACUCAGCUCAGCAGAGGCCUCAAAAAUCAUUUCUCUUUCCCAUGAGUGCAUCUUUAUUUUUUUAUCUCUGGGAUUCCCACUCAAGAGCAUCGGCUGUAGAAAGUUCCUGUCAUAGGAAGGAGGAAUACUCCUGUACGCUGAUUCCCUGACGUCAUGCAUUUGGACUCUUCUAAAUGACUUUCCAAGAUCUUCCAAAAGACAAACAGUUUGUCUUUAAACCGUCAUUCCAGUGGACGUGGUCCCUCUGAGACUGAAGUGGUUGUGUUGGGACUGGUUCUGGUGUGAAUGUUCAUCUUGAUGAAUGUUCUGUGUGAUUGCUGAUCCUCAGUGGUGGCAGGUUUCCAUGAUGUGCUCUGUCUUACUUUUCCAGAAUUGCUUCCAGUAAGCUUCAACCAAGAGCAACAAUGAGAGCGCACCUGAACAGAAGACCCUGACAGGUGUGUGUGUGUGUGUGUGUGUGUGUGUGUGUGUGUGUGUGUGUGUGUGUGUGUGUGUGUGUGUGUGUGUGUGUGUGUGUGUGUGUGUGUGUGUGUGUGUGUACGAUCCAGGAAGUAGUUUGUACAGACUGAGAUGUGUGCUCUGAUGGUGCUAAACUGAGCAGCAGUCGUGCACUUUGUGUGUGUGUGUGUGUGUGUGUGUGUGUGUGUGUGUGUGUGUGUGUGUGUGUGAGAGAGAGAGAGAGAAGACUUGACUGUCUCUUCCCCUCCACCCCCCCUGAGAACAUGGUUAAGUCCUAAACACUGCACUGUCCCCUCUACUUUUCAGCACCAGUUAUAUCCCGUUGUCUGCACUAUGUUUAGCUUCUGAUCUUUAUCAUUAUUAUUAUUAUUGAUGAUUAUUAUUAUUGCUAUUAUUACUAUUGUUAUUUUCUUAAUUAGAGUUCAAUUUAAAUUAACUUAUAUUUUUUAUACAAAGAGAAACAAUGUUGGCCUUUUUGUUUUGUACAAAGUAAACAUUAAGAUAACAAACGGUCUCGACGUGUUACUGUUACCCAGAAUAAUGCGGAAUGUUUCAACUGUAAAUGUAAGAGCAGUCGCCCAAAUGACUUUUAUUAAAUACCUGAAAAACA